GGAAAAGGCCUCACUUAUUCUGGAAACGUGGUUGUCACAGUUUGGCAAUGCAAUAAUAACUAAAUUUGUCAAUUUAAUUAAUUGCAAAUAUCAACAAUCUAAAUUAUUUCUAGUUUCCCGGUGAAAUAUCAAACUACGAGAAUUAUUUUAUUAUUGUUUAUGAUGUCUGAAGAUAGUUCGCAGCAAGAUUUUGAUUUGUUCAAACAAGCUUUGACUGAUGAGGAAGAUUUGGAUGUACAAAUUGUCAUAAUCCAAAAGUUAGAAUCCCUAGCUAAGUCCAUAGGUGAAAAAUUAACAAGAGAAGAACUUUUGCGAUUCAUCAAGCGUCACUGCAUUGAAUUUCACAAUCAAAUUUUACUGCAUUUGGCUGUCCAGUUACGAAGUUUCAUACCGCUAGUUGGAGGAGUGGGACAAUCCAAAAUAAUUUUUGAUAUAUUGGAAAAACUUUGUAUUUCCGAUGAAAAUGUUGUACGUGAAAAAGCGGUUGAAACUCUAAUUUUUCUUCAACAAUAUUUUGAUACUUCACAAACCGAAGAAUUUAUAUUGCCAAUAAUCGAUGCAUUGAUUAAAGAUGAUUGGUUUGCUAGUAAAUGCUCUGCCGUUACCCUAUUUUCACCAAUAUAUCCAAAGCUAACCGAGGAAAAGAAACCUGAACUCAGAAACAUUUUUAUAAAUUUAAUUCAAGACGACUCACCGAUGGUACGCAAAGCUACAGCAACAGCCUGCAUCAGCUUCGUAGAAGUAGUUGAGGAUGAUUUUCUGCGUUCCGAAUUUAUAUUGAUUUUUCAGGAUAUUGCUCAGGAUCCAUUGGAUCUAGUCAGAAUAAUCGCAAUCGAUAUAGCUGUGGCCCUCAUAAAGCGACUGGGACAAGAUGGUUUGGCUGAAUGUGUAUUUAAAACGAUUGAAGCAGCUUGCGAUGAUUCCUCGUGGAAAAUUCGCCAACACCUAGCCAAUAGCUUAGCUUCCCUACAACAAAAAAUCCCUCAUCCAAAAUACCGAGGAAAACUGAUCGCUCUCUUUCAAAGGAUGAGUUGUGAUUUCGAUGAUGAAGUUCGUAUUUUCAUUGCCACCAAUGUAUUUGCCCAUUGCGAUAACUUAAGAGAAUCCUAUAGAAGUCAAAUACACCAAGAUGAUAAUUUUGAGCCAGUGUUUGAGACAAGUUUUAUGCCGGUUAUUGAAAGAUUAGCUUUGGAUGAAAAUGAAAGUGUCAGAUUGGCUCUAUCGUCCAACAUUUUACCAUUGAGGGAAAUUUUAAGUGAAGAAUGCUUUAAGAAGAACGUCGUGUCAUUUUUGUUGGAAGUUUUAAACCUAGAAAAUUCCACAGCUGUUCACACAAAAUUUUUGCUGGUCCUCACUAGCUUGUCAGAUAGUGUGAAUUUCAGCGAGUCAUUAGGAGCCAUCAGAAAUGCAAUUAACACUGUGAUAAAGCGAUCCAAAUCCAACUGGAGAACACGGCGUAGUAUUUUAAUCACAUUUACUGACGUAGCUAAAGUUUGUACCGCUGAAUAUUUUGCUGAUAAUUUUAAAACAUUGUAUGCGGCCUUGUUAAGCGAUUCUGUAUUUGCUGUGAGACGUUCUGCGUCCUUAAUUCUACCUAUUCUAGCCAAGCAUUACGGCAUGAAAUGGGCUUCAGAACAUUUAAUUCCGUAUCUUACUGACCUCGCCCAAGACUCUCGAUAUUUAUAUAGAUUCGUGGCUUUAUUUGGGAUUGCCGACUUAGUUAAUUCACCUUUGCGCCAACAAAAUGUAUUACUAAGCAAUUUCCAGACAAUUGUACCUGAUAAUAAAAAUGCUUUAUUAAGCUUAGCAAGAAUUAAUAGAAUGAAUGAUUUGAUACAAAAAAAGUUAAACGAAGAAAACUUUUUGUCAAUUAUAAAGUUUCAAGAAGAAACAAGUACACUUGAAUCAAACUGUGAUAUAUAUGUUGAAAAUGACCUUGAUAAACUAAAGCAAACAGAUGUAUUCUCCUUGGAGGAAGGGGAUUUUACUGGAAAAGAUUCUUAUCCAUAUUUGGAAGGCGUUUUAUAUCUUAUUCUCGCCAAAUUUUUACCACUCGUUGAAACAUUGUUUUAUGAUCUUACAGAAAACAUUGAAAUUAAAGCUAUUAGUACUCUGGGGGAAAUAACAAAAUUUGUUAAUAAAAUAACCAAAGAGUUGUCUGAAGAAUGGGUACAAGAAAGUUUAAAAAAAGUGGAAAAAGAGGAUAUGUUGAGAAUCGAGGAAGAACCUUCUGGAGAUUUCAAAGAAUCGAAUGUGCCUAUUGAUACUUUUGAUGCCACCCCAAUGGACGAUCCAUCAUUGAAAGAAGGUGAUGUUCCGGAUAACAAUAUUCCGAAGGAUCUUGAAGAUGAUAACAAAAAAUAGGACAUGUGGAGUAAUAUUAAUUUUAUAAAAGUUUCAUGUUUGUUGCGUUUAAUUUUCAAUAAAUCUUAUUUUUUUUUUGUUGUUUUUUUUUUGUCCACUUUUCGAAUCAUGGAAAUAACGUGAAAAAAUUGGUAUUUUUUAUGGUUGGAGAAAUAAGCAAAAUUAAUGGUUACAUCCACAAACCACAACAUAUCAAUAUAUUUU